CUGAAAACCGAGCCUCAAAAAGGUUGUCGAAGUGUUUGCAUUGCGAAUAGUUGACAACAUAAACAUUGUCGAUGCAACGCUGCAAGCGUUAAAAAGCCAAACGUAAAUUCACGCGGAUAAAAGUGAAAUUUUUUGCCAAAGACAUUUUUCCCACCCGGAGAUUGCCAAGAAGUUGUGAAAAUGUGCUUGUAUUUGGGCGUUGUGGAGCAUUUGGUGGAUGUGGUGGCAUAUUGUGUCUGCCGGAUGCUGGAGCUAACUCUGUUCGCCUUGAUGAUGAUGUGCAACACGGCCAAAGCCAAGCUGAGCAGCAGCAACAACGGCAACAACAACGAGCUGGUCCUGAUGCAACAAUGACCCAGGUUCACAUUCGGACUCCAUGUCCACUGCACUGGCCAGUGCAGGGAGGCCGAGCGACGUUGGGG